AUGAAAUCCCAGAAAUGGUUCAUGUGCAAUAACCCACGGGUCCAAUCCCAAUGGCUCUCCGAAAUCUUCCCUCGUUUCGCUUAUUCUAGGCGCGACAGUUCUUUCGCACGGCCCCAAUACAAAUCCCUCGCCGUUCUCGAAGGUGACAACAUAGAUACAUUUCGCGAGGGAUUUUUCCUCCCUGAAAAGCCCGUGAUUCUUCCCCGUCAAUCCUUUCGCGAUAUCCCCGCGUACGAGCGUUGGUUCCACCACUCGCCGACCAAGCCGAACACCUCGCAGCUGAAUACCAAAUACCUCUCAGCCCAUGGCGCAGACGCUCUAGUUCCACUCGAGCUCACACAGGCACAAUUUCAAACUCCGCAGUGCAAUGACCUAGAAGACGACUCAAAUCUCAGCUUCCGCAAAUUCCACGCGCCGCUCAGCCUGUUCCUCCAGUGGAUUCGCGAAGCCGAAUCGCAGUCCGAGUCCCCGUCGCGCCUUUACCUAGCGCAGUGCCAACUGCUUGAUCUACCUAAGGUCCUCCGCGACGAUUUCCCGACUCCUUCUAUUGUGGCGAAAGCCGGUAAGGGUGAUUUGUACGAUACGAAUGUGUGGAUUGGACACCCGCCGACCUAUACACCUCUACAUCGAGACCCGAACCCCAAUCUAUUUGUCCAGCUUGCUGGGCGGAAGAUUGUGCGAUUGCUAGCUCCGCGGGAUGGACAGGUCGUUUUCUCUCAUGUCCGGGGACAACUCGGCCGGAGCGGGAGCCGGGAGGCGGCAGCAUUCCGGGGCGAAGAGAUGAUGCAAGGCCGCGAAAGAGCUUUACUCGAGCAGGCCGUUUGGGAUGAUGCGGAAAGCAAGAAAAUGGAGCGGGCGUAUGAAGGGUUCGAAGCGGAGCUGGAGGCUGGUGAUGGGUUAUUCAUUCCUAGGGGGUGGUGGCAUAGUAUUAAGGGAAUGGGGGAGAGUGUCACGGCUUCGGUCAAUUGGUGGUUCCGUUAG